AUGGUGGUUAUUUGGUGCACUACAGUCCUGGUCGUGCUUCUAGUUUGGUUGGUAUUGAAACUCCUAAUUUUUGGGUAAGUUUUUGAUUUGUUUGUUGUUGAUUUAGGAUAGCGGGGUAAAAUACGGGAGGGUCUCAGAUGAGGGGAAGACUUGACUCAGGUUUGAGCAAGUGUUUCUCUAAUCGGGUAUUUGGGGAUCUGAUGAGAUCUAUAUGAAGGUGUAUUUUCGGACAAUUAGUAAGGAGGAUAUAGAGAUGUUAUGUAGUGUAAUAGACGUGUAAAUUUUUCCAUCCUUCCUUGUUAUGGUACCCAUUGACCUUGUACUGGCUUUCCAUUUGGGUUUGAAGAAUCUCAGCAGGAAGUUGACAACGGAAUCUUGAUUUGAAUUUCACUUUUGUUCGCCUAGAAGAUGCGUAUUGACGCGUGAACGUCUUUCAAGGUCAUAAUUGGUUUCCAUUUUCUCAGAUUUCGGUAUUUAUGUUUGAAUUAUAGGCUUUUGACUUACAUAGUGGCGCUAGAUUCGUAUUCUUGAAGCAUUUGUCCAUUGCUCUCUGUCGAGACAAAAGAUUUCGUUAUCAUCAGGUAAUUAUCGAUAAAACAAUCCGUCAUUCAAAUUUUUAUGGUCUUUUUCGCACGAAAGCUGGCGGUUAUUGAUAAGAAACCCCAUUCAAAUAAUUCAAAUAGCCAUUGGCUAUAACUCGAAAAAUGUUUUCAAAUUUGAAAUUCAAAAAAUUAGGGCAUUUCUCACCUGACCUCCCUCGUAAACAACGUAAUCCAUUCCGAGGUUAAUGGGAUAAAACGUUCGCUGCCUCCCUUAUGUGGUUUUUAUAAACCUCCGACUUAUUUGUUGCACGAUUUCCCAGGGCAAUCGGUGAUCCGAUCAGAAGUUAAUGGUCCCGCAUUUCGGAGGAGGUGUUAUUCAUGAAGAAAGUUUGAAAUAGUAUGGAUUGGAUGGUUUGCAAAGCUCAGAGGCUUGUUUCUUCGUGUAAAUCUGGUUAGUGGUCGUAUUUGUGUUCGUGUCUUGAGCGGAUGAGACAUUUAUUUUGUUGGGUUUACGGUUUAAAAUCGCCGAGUCCCACUUGAAGACCGCUGUUUUAGUACUUUGUUGUUGUGUCUCCGCAAUCGCCUCUUAAUUCCUCGAUCUGACCCUGCUCUCAUUAUUAUUUCAGCCCAUCCGACAAUUAUUCAGCCCAUCCGACUUUCUCAUAUUUGUCCGCGGUUCCACUCGCCGUUCGUCCUUUGUGAUGGACUUGAAAUCGAAGCGAGUGGAGGUCGAAAUCUGUCACCUCGGAUCGAAAACAGCACCCCAACAAACAAAGAACGGGCCCUUACGCGAGUCCGAAUUUUGGCGCGAACUUUGCGAACUCUCGGCCUGGACCGGGCAGGCAGGGGUCGGCGACGUUUUACGCGCCAUUUCCCUGUGACUCAGCUGGUUUCCAGCGAGUUUUUCUGCACGCCGGAACGCCCCCUGCCAUCUGCCUAUGUUGUGUAGCCUAUUUGUCUUCAUGUUUUUAUCUUUGUGGCGUUGGUUUCAAGCCGAUGAGGAUUUUGGGAUGUUGCAGUGACAUGCUUGAUCCAGUGGCAAAAAAUGUACCAUUUUGCAUCCGGGGAGUAUCAAAAAAUGUAGCAAAAUGCUUCCCUCUUCAAGUGAAAAAACCGAUUUCAAAAGCGGUUAUGAGGGCGCGCCUUUUCCCUCACGAAAAGAGCGGAAAUUGGAGUUUUUUCACUUGGAGAGGGAAGUAUUUUACUACAUUUUUUGAUACUUCCCGGAUGCAAAAUGGUACGUUUUUUGCCACUGGAUCAAGUCCGCCACUGUAACGUCCCAAAAUCCUCAUCGGCUUGAAACCGACGCCACAAAGAUAAAAACAUGAAGACAAAUAGGCUACACAACAUAGGCAUAUGGCAGGGGGCUUUCCACUGUAUACUAGGCAAAGGAUUUUGUCUAGUAUACAGAAAUUCGUGGCCACUCUGAGAUUUGAAGGUAUCGGCGGCAUUUAGCUACGGAUGGAAUUCUUAUCACGUGAAGAAUUGCAUAAUCGCCGUAAAAGUUAUCCUCAACACUUGCGCUCGUUGCGUUGCACGGGAAAUUGCGCAUCAUGUCUGCCAUCUUUUGUCUGCUUUACUUGUAGCGUCCAUAUUUGUCGAGAACCCUCAUUGUGUGGUAAAUCCGCUUGCUAGUGCCGGUGUUACGAGUUUUUUUUGGGUCCGCAUCUAGUCAAAGGAAUAUUUUUAUUGGGGGUUUUUGAAGAUUUUCGUCAAAAAUUUUUUGUUUUUGUUGGAUUUUUUAUGAUUUUUUUUUUGGUUUUCCGCUUGUCCUUGGCAUCGGUCGGUCGUGAAAUGAUGUAUCUUUGGCAUGAAAGUUUGUGUUAAGUUUAAUUUUGGUGAAAUUUUAUGUGAAAUUUAAAAAAUUUGGGUAAAUCUGAUUAGCGUGACUUUACUAUGUAGUUAUUCCGAUUGUAAGACCUCUAUUACUAACUGUUACAGUAUUUCAGUGAAUCGGACCAUGAGCGGUCCCCUCGCUCAGCACCGCAGCCCUCAGGCGUUCGAGCAAACGUCGACGAAAUCGCCGCUCUCACCUAGCUGUGCCAUGCAGAGGUUUCUCAUAGAGCCGCCGCUGAGCACAAGGAAAGAAGCGGUAAGUUGGUGGGAUUGGUUUUUAUUUGGAACUAGGGGAUUUUGAAUGUUUUUCCCAUGAGAUUUUUGAUUUAUUUUUGAUGGGUUGUUACGAAAUUUAGAUUUUUUGGACAUUAUAAUCCAUUUUAUGUUGGCUAGAAAACAUGAUACACCAAUGAAAUUUUCUUUUCAGCUCAAAAGAACGCCUCGGCUAGUGAAAUCGGCCAGUCGACUAACGAAGACCCAACCUCGAACAGAACGGACCCUAGAGACACUGGUAAUGAAGUACCCUCAUGCUCGAAUAGUCUCCGCCGAGCUGACGGACGCUCAACUCGACCCACUCUACGAUCCAACCCUUCCCAUAACCUACCUGGAACAAGUGUAUGAGAAGGUAAAAACGGUGGGACACGGCUCCUUCGGCACCGUGUAUCAUGUAAAACACAAGGUGAGCGGGGAAGAAUCGGCCGUCAAAUGCUUGACCAUCCCUUACCGAGGCAUCAGAGACCGGGAAGAGAAACUCCGAGAGGUGUUGCUGCACGAGAAAUCGCACAAUCACGAGAAUAUUUUGAAACUGAAAAUGGCAUGGGAGGAAUGGGAUCAACUGUACAUAAUGACCGAACUCUGCCAAUUCACCAUGGCCAAAGCGAUUGAACUGUCGGAUGGAGACGUCCCAGAGCCGAGGGUGUGGGAUGCACUCAUUGAUAUGGCGAAUGUAAGCGAUUGAGAGGGAUUUAGAAAAGAAGGGAAGAGUUGACUCGGGGUCAAGUCUUCUCUUUCUCUGGAAAUGGUGUUUGUAAUGGAUUUAUGAACAUGAAUACGGCUGCAAAUUUCUAAUUCAACGUUUUUUAGGCUCUGCAUCACAUGCAUUCGAACAAUUUGAUCCACAACGACAUCAAACCGGAGAAUGUUUUCAUCAACGAAAAUGGGAUUUGCAAACUUGGCGAUUUCGGAAUGGCCGUCGACCUGAACAGCGAAACACCCGAGAAUGGAGCCAAAGAAGGCGACAGUCAGUAUCUGGCAGCGGAGGUGCUCACUGGAAUACCGACGUUUGCGUCGGAUAUAUUCUCCUUGGGCCUGACCAUACUCCAGCUGGCAACGGAUCUGUACCCACCGAAUGGCGGCACAGAACGAUGGCAUGACUUGAGGAAUCUGGAAAUCGAUGAACACAUCACGGCAGGUGAGAUUUGAGGGCUUUUUUGAGGCAGUUUGAAGGAAGGGAAGAGUUGACUCAAGAGUCAAGUGUUGCUUUUUUGCUUUUGGUGAAAAUAGAGAUUUGGAGAUGGGUGGUUAGAGAAAACGGGUGGUAGAAAGAAGAAUAGAGGUUGUAUGGGGAUUUUGAACGAGUAGAAUUCAUUUAUAUGUUGUUUUAGGUAUAUCGAAGGAGCUCCGGGACCUCUUGUUCCGAAUGAUGGACCCCGACCCAAGCAAACGCCCAACAGCUGAAGAGAUGUUAACAUCCAAGUCGAUAACCUCAAGAACCGCCUUCCGAACACUACACCGGUUUUGCACAAGAUGGGUAAGAUAUUUUUUUUUUUUUUAUUUUUUUGCUACUUCAAUUUUUCGAUUUUUCACAGUUUUUGUUUUAGCAAUCAAAGCUGAACCGAGUAGCUCAAAUGAUUGGCCUCGUGUCGGCGAACGCCUCCACAUCCGACUCCCAACCCGCCGGCCUUCAUACCCCACCUCAAUGCCAGGGAUCAGCUCAUCUGUCCCAAUUGGCCAACAUCAGCAGCGAUUUCAACCGCAAUUUCGAUGAUGAUGAGGACAUCUUGGCGACAGUCACCCCGGAAGACCAAGAACGAAUGCGAAUGAUCGCCAAGGAAUGGGAAAUGGCCCAUUCAAUUACACCGCCCAGAUCAGCCAAGAGCCUGGGAAUCAGGAGCCCAAAGUCCCUGCGAAAACGACUGGCCAGCAUGAGGACCUCAUUAUCAGACCGUCUGAAUGCCAUGGAACCCGAGGAACCCUCCAAACGAGAUCAUCGACCACCAAUCUUGGAGUUCGAUUAAGCGAUUGUUAUUAGUCAUGUAAGUUAAUGUCGGAUGAAUAAAUUUUAUUUAUUUUUUUGGGAUUGAAAGCUAGAAAUAGUUGGGAAUGCGGUAGGUAUCGUUUUAGGAAGGUUGGGUGGAGAAUUAGCCGCGAGGGGGAGACUUGACCCAAAUUCCAGAUUUUGAGUCAAGUCUUUCUUUUUGCGGAAAAGAUAGGAUUUUCAAACAAAAGUGGGAUUGUAACAAGGAAAAGGGGAUUUUGAAUACUUUUUGGGGCUUUUUAUCACUUUUAUUUGUUGAUGUUAUACUAAGUUUGACCGUUUUUCAGAUGAACGAUUUUCGCACCGUGCACCCGCGAUUAGCGUUUGCAGCAUCGAUAUUAACGCCCAUGUUAUAUAGUACCCCGACCUACUCCGAUUAUCAUUACCCCGUCGUUAUAAUUGUAUUGUUAACCCUCUUCCUACUAUCGUCACAGUUACCGCGUAUGUAUGUCGCUAACGAUGAUUUAUUUUAUAGAAUUUGGUUGGAAUUCGUUGCAAUUUUCCGCAAGUUUUUAACGCUCCCAGAUUGUUAACUCUCCUCUAUUAAGUAUUUUUGUUGCGCGGUAUCUAAAAAGUGUAUAUUUUGACUCGAAAUUUUAGGCCCUUCCCAUUCGUCGGAUCGCCCCCUCCAUCCGAAGUGUAA